AGCGAACAUAACCUCCACGGCACACGGACAUCGACUAAACGCCGUCCUCAACGACACGUAUCGUCCGCCGUUAACCUAAUCUAACUUCAAAAACUGAUGAAUCUCAACUGGCUCACACGCAGGCGCAGAGCAAGUUCUUCGAUUGAUAUAUAAGGCUAUACAAUAGUACAAAGGAAACAUCUCGGGUGGUUUUCCUGCAGUCACGGUGGCAGUGGCACUUGAAACAUGGCAGACGUCAUCGAUUGUAACUUUCCUGUUUGGGGCUUGCUGCCUAAAAAAGAGACAGGUGUCACUCAGUUUCUUACUAAAUAUCCAGAGCACGAUGGACGGGGUGUUGUCAUUGCGAUCUUGGAUUCGGGGGUGGACCCCGGAGCCCCGGGUAUGCAGGUGACUUCAGAUGGAAAACCAAAAAUUAUUGAGAGAUUUGACUGUAGCGGAGCAGGGGAUGUAGACACUAGCAAAGUUGUUCAAGCACCAGAUGGAUUCAUAACUGGCCUGACUGGUCGUAAAUUAAAGGUUCCAUCUAAUUGGAAUAGCCCUAGUGGAGAAUAUCAUAUCGGUUUAAAGAAUCUGUAUUCAUUAUAUCCUACUAAAUUAAAGGAAAGAGUAGUGGCAGAACGCAAGAAGCGUCUUUGGGAUGAUGGACAUAAAGCAGCGCUUGCAGAAGCUUCCAGACAAUUACAGGAAUUUGAGAAUAAAAAUCCACAAUUAUCGACUUUGGAAGAAAGACUGCAAAAAGAAGAAUUUGAAGCUCGAAUUGAAGUAUUGAAUAAUAUUGAAAAAAAGUAUUGUGAUGUAGGACCUACUUACGAUUGCGUUGUUUUCCACGAUGGUAACAUUUGGAGAGCAUGUAUUGAUACUUCUGAAGUGGGUAACCUGGAAACUGGUGUUUUUCUUGGUGAAUAUUCUAUCACGAGAGAUUUUGCUCCUCUUACACAAGAAGACCAGUUAAAUAUUAGUAUUAAUAUUCAUGAUGAAGGCAAUACAUUAGAAAUUGUCAGUUUGUGCUCGAGUCAUGGGACACAUGUUGCGUCAAUCGCAGCUGCAUAUUUUCCUGAUAAUCCAGAAUUGAAUGGAGUGGCACCAGGAGCCCAAAUUAUUUCGCUUACUGUUGGUGAUGGACGUAUUGGCACAAUGGAAACUGGAACUUCAGUUGUACGGGCAAUGAUCUAUAUAAUGCAACGUAAAGAGAAGGUUCACGUUAUAAACAUGAGUUAUGGUGAACAUGCUCAUUGGUCAAAUACAGGUAGAAUAGGAGAAUUAAUGAACGAAGUUAUUGACGAAUAUGGUGUAUCAUGGGUUGCAUCUGCUGGUAAUCUGGGCCCAGCUUUGUGUACUAUUGGAACUCCUCCAGACAUCAGUUCAAACAGUAUUAUUAGUGUUGGUGCUUACGUAUCACCUGAUAUGAUGGUAGCUGAAUAUUCUUUAAGAGAAAAGAUGCCAGGCAUGCCAUAUACUUGGUCCUCCCGUGGCCCAAUGAUAGAUGGAGGUGCUGGUGUAACAGUAUGUGCACCAGGAGGUGCCAUUACCAGCGUUCCAAAUUUUACUCUUAGAAAAAGUCAACUUAUGAAUGGUACAAGUAUGGCAAGUCCACAUGUUACGGGAGCAGUUGCGGUUCUUAUAUCGGGUCUUCUUGCCAAGGGUUCUUUGUACUCUCCUUAUAGUAUAAAAAGAGCGCUUGAGAAUACUGCUCUUUAUAUACCCAAUUUAGAUCCAUUUGCACAAGGCUCUGGCCUAUUACAAGUCGAACGUGCAUUUGAUAAUCUCAUUUCGUGUUGUGAUGUACCCGAAAGAGACGUACGCUUUGCUAUUAAUUGCGGUGUUAAUUCUAAAGGCAUUCAUAUGAGAACAGGUGUCAUUGAUCGUGCAAAGGAUUGUGCAAUUACAGUUGAACCAGUAUUUAUAAAUAGCGAAAAUAUAGAUCCAGCACGCAAAAUAGAUUUCAAUCUGAAGCUAACACUGGUGUGUGAUGCUUCCUGGGUCCAAUUUCCGACACAUCUGGACUUGAUGCAUAUGCCUCGUGCUUUUGCUAUUAGAGUUGACGCUACUAAUUUACCAGAAGGUGUUCAUGCUACUAGUGUACGAGCGUAUGACGUAACUAAUAUCGCGAAAGGACCAGUAUUUCAAAUUCCAGUAACUGUUGUCCAGCCAAUUACAAUACCGAAGACUGCACUUCUUCCAGACUUAACAUACACAAAUGUAUUAUUUAAACCUAAUACAAUUCAGCGUCAUUUUAUUCUUGUUCCAGAAGAUGCUACUUGGGCAGUUCUCAGAUUAAAAAGCACAGAAAAGGAUAAGACUGGUAGAUUUGUGAUGCACACUAUUCAAUUAAAACCUCGUUUGGCCUGUAAAACUCUUGAAGUUAACAGAAUAAUAAGUGUUACAUCUCAAUCGGAAACUGUUCAACCAUUUGCUGUUCAGGGUGGAUUAAUUUUAGAAGUAGUUAUCGCAAAGUAUUGGGCAAAUCUUGGUGAUAUGUUCGUUGAUUAUUCUAUAGAAUUUCAUGGAAUUCAUAUGAUAAACGGUAAUCUUACAAUGCUAUCUGGAGAUGGAAUAAAUCGUCUUGAAUUACGCAGCUCUCUUAGAAACGAAGAAGUUGUACCCAAUAUUUCUCUGAAGACAUCUGUUCAAGUCUUAAAGCCUAAUGAAUCGAAAAUUGCUCCUUUACGAGCACGUGAUAUUAUUCCACCAUCACGACAAAUAUAUGAAUUACAACUAACAUACACAUUCCACUCGGCAAAGUCAACUGAGGUCACACCAAAUGCUGCAUUGCUUAGUGACUUGUUGUAUGAAAGCGAGUAUGAAAGCCAAAUGUGGAUGAUUUACGAUAGUAAUAAACAAUUGAUAAGUUGUGGAGAUGCAUAUCCAUCUAAAUAUACAAUUCAUAAAUUAGAAAAGGGAGAUUACACUUUGAAAAUGCAUAUACGUCAUGAGAAAAAGGAUUUGUUGGAAAGAUUGACAGACAUGCCGUUACUAUUAAGUCAAAAGCUUAGUACACCAAUUAAUUUGGAUAUUUAUACCAAUCAAUCGCAAGCUAUUAUUGGUGGGAAAAAAAUGGUUGCUGCAUGUAUUCCACCUGGCCAGAUUCUUCCUAUGUAUAUUGCUCCACUGUCUAAUGAAAACAAAGUAUCCAAAUACGCUACCCCUGGUAGUUAUCUUCAAGGUACAUUGACUUUCUGUAAAGAUGAUAUUGGAAAGAAGGUGGAUAGUUACGUAUUUAAAUACAUCAUAUCUGAGCCUACUAAGAAAAAUGUCAACGCUACUGCUAAAUCUGAGAAAGAGAAAACUACAAAGUGGGAUGAAUACCAGGAAGCAAUAAGAGAUUUAAAAUGCAAUUACCUUGCUAAAUUUGAACCCGGUGAUCAUACCAAUACGUUGUACGGAGAAUUGAAAGGUGCCUUCUCAGAUCAUCUACCUGUCCACACUGCCAUGUUGAUAUCAUUGGAUUCUUCGGAGGCACGGCGACAUGUACCACAGAAUGAGCUUUCAGAAAACGCUAUUGCGUUUGCCAAUCAAAUAAUAACAGUUGCUGACUCUGUGAUCACUAAUAUCGAUCAAGAUAAGUUAUUAGCAUAUUAUGGAUUGAAAAACGAUCAGCGUCCUGAUGCGGCUAAAAUUAAAAUAACUAUGGAGAAGCAAAAGAACAGUUUGAUUGAAGGAUUAGUGAGAAAAGGUUGUGCAUUGGCACGGUUGUAUGUACAUGGAACAAAGACUGGGGAGGGAGAUGGAUCCUUUGAACAUUUGCUUGAAAGCGUUACACAUCAUUGGCAAGAAGUACAGAAAUUUUCUGAACCUACUGACAAUAAGGUUAUUAUUUUAUCUCUAUGGCAUGCACACAUCAAUAAUCAUUAUGGACGUUAUUUGAAAUUAUUGACACGCUAUUAUGAAGAAAAACCAUUAAAAGAAAUUGAUGAAAAAUGUAUUGAAAUUGCAAAGCUUCUGGGAUGGGAACAUUGGUCACGUCUUCUUACCACAAUAAGUGAAGCCUGUACACUUAUAUGUUUACUUGUGGCUGUACGAAUCUCAAGAGGAAAUGUAUCGAUUUAUGAUAUAGAAAACUGCCAGAGAUUAAAUAUUAUUGUGGCAGAGGCGAUAAUUGAAGGUAACACUAUUCAUGCGUGGCUUAUUAAGAAAAGGCUUAUAUCACAUCCGUAUUUGAAUACUGAAGAUGCUUUAAAACAUGGGGGCAAGAGCUUAAAUAUAUUAAAAGAAUGGGUCACUUUAUUUGAUUCGCAUAGUCACACUACUGGCAACUCAAAUCAUGGAUUAGUCAUAGCUCAGGUAGAAUCUGAUGCUCCAGAUAGGGAUAUGUAUAGAACAUUCUCAACCCUGGAGGCUUUUGAGGAUUUCACAUCCAUGAAAGCGUCACAACUGAAGAUGAGAAUAGAGGAAAUGUUUCGUAUAAAAAUUUCAGUGAGCAAUGAAUUGAGAGAUCUGAGCGCAAAGAGGCAAAGACUUCAGGGCGAAGUUAAUAGCUUGACUCAGAAGAUAGACGAGCUGAAGCAAGAGUUACUGCAUCAGCAAACUGACCUUGAUAGAUUAAAAAUAAGUGUGGAGCAAGCACAGGUGGCGCAGAAAGAAGCGGUGGAAAGAAACACGCCUGAAUUAGCACCACCUAAGAGAAUAUUGAUUAAUACUCUGCCAAUUGUAUUACCUAGCACAGAUCCACGAUCAUGUAGAAUGUACAAUUGUUUUGAUCACAGUCGAUGUGCAUUGACAAGUGGUUUUCCUGUGUACUUGUAUGAUCCAGAUCAAUUUUCGGUAGUUAGUCCAGGAUGGGAUGUAGACGGUUUCUUAAAAACGACUAUUAAACAAACGCUAGGAUAUAAUCCGCAUCUUACUAGAAAUCCAGCAGAGGCAUGUGUUUACAUAGUCUUAAUUGGUGAAGCAUUGAGCCUCCACCAAAAGAGUAAUCAACGUCAUAACAAAGCUUUAGAUAUAAAGAAAUUACAAGCACUUCCCUAUUGGGGUGGAGACGGUAGAAAUCACAUAUUAUUAAAUCUUGCACGUAGAGAUUUAUCUGCAGAUUCUGGAAAUAUUUUCAGUAAUUUGGAUACUGGCAGAGCGAUGGUAGUACAGUCAACAUUUUAUAGAAACCAAUUUCGCGAUGAUUUCGAUUUAAUUGUUCCACCAAUUCUGGGACCACCUGGCGGAGAUGUUUGGCAAGAAUGCGCACAAAUGUUACCUGCGAGAAGGAAAUAUUUGCUGUCAUUCCAAGGAGAAAUGAGGACUUUUAUGGGCACACCGAUGACAUAUCAAAUUGAUGACGCAGAUAUAGAUUUGGAAAAAUUGAUAAUUGAUGAUAACAAUAUAGAUGCAUUUAUUAUUCAACAUUUGAAAGAUAUGAGCAACGGAAUAACUUUGGAUAAAUUUUUUAUUCAAUUUGAAUGUAUACCAGCUUCUAUGGAGAGUAAACCUGUGGAAACUCUUGAUUGGUCUCUUUGCGGAACUGAUUCGUCCAGAAGGGCUAUAUUAAAGGAAUCAACAUUUGCAUUGAUCUUAGCUCCCAGCAAUGCUACGUUAUUAACUACUUCGUUCAUGCAAGCAAGAUUGUACGAAGCAUUGCGAGCUGGAUCAAUACCAGUCAUUCUUGGUGGUGAUCAGAUUUUGCUUAAUUAUAACGAAGUUGUUGAUUGGAGGAGAGCAGUUAUUUUCCUACCUAAGGCUAGAGUGACUGAAAUGCACUUUUUAUUGCGCGCUGUUCCUGACAACGAUCUUUUGACUAUACGGAGACAAGGUAGAUUAAUAUGGGAACGUUAUAUGAGUACUGCUCAAGGUGUAGUGGAUACGACCAUAGCAGUAAUCAGAGACAGACUUGGUAUACCUCCACUACCAGCAUCUCAAACAUCCAGUCCUAGUGUUUUUAACGAAAGUUUUGUGCCUUUAAAAUCAGAUGCCAUUAUUGCCGAACCUGAAGCUGAAGAAAGUUUAGGUCCUUUAGAACCACCGUAUCCAUCUCCUGCUUUCAAGAGAAAUUAUACAACACUAUUAGUUCAAAAUCAUGAAAUUUGGAAUGAUUGGAUGGAUCCAUUUAAUUUGUAUCCACAAUUACCUUUUGAUACUGUUCUUCCCAGUGACGCUAAAUUUCUUGGCUCAGAAGUUGGCUUUCGACCCAUCGGUAAAGGUGCUGGAGGCGCUGGAAAAGAAUUUAGUGAAUCAUUAGGAGGAAAUUAUCCAAGAGAACAAUUUACAAUUGUCAUGUUAACUUAUGAAAGAGAACAGGUUCUUAUAAAUUCACUGGCACGUCUUUAUGGCUUGCCUUAUUUAAACAAGGUACUUGUAGUAUGGAAUAGUCCGAAACCACCUGUAGAAGAUCUCAAGUGGCCUGAUAUUGGCGUUCCUAUACAUGUUAUAAAAGCUCCAAGAAAUAGUUUGAAUAAUAGAUUCCUGCCAUUUGAUGCAAUUGAGACAGAAGCCGUCCUUUCUAUUGAUGAUGAUGCUCAUUUGAGACAUGAUGAAAUCAUGUUUGGUUUUAGAGUGUGGAGGGAACAUCGAGAUCGUGUAGUUGGAUUCCCUGGUCGAUUUCAUGCAUGGGACCAGAAUUAUCACAACGCUUGGAAUUACAAUUCUAAUUAUUCUUGCGAGCUAUCCAUGGUUUUAACUGGAGCUGCUUUCAUUCAUAAACAUUAUACAUAUCUGUACACACAUUGGUUACCACAAGCGAUAAGAGAUAAAGUUGACGAAUAUAUGAAUUGUGAGGACAUUGCAAUGAAUUUUUUAAUAUCUCAUCUUACAAGGAAACCACCAGUUAAAGUUACAUCACGUUGGACAUUUAGAUGUCCCGGUUGUCCAGUUUCACUUUCAGAAGAUGAUACUCAUUUUCAAGAAAGACAUAAAUGUAUCAAUUUUUUUUCACAGGUUUUCGGCUAUAUGCCUCUAUUGAAUACACAAUAUCGAGCUGAUUCGAUAUUAUUUAAGACACGAAUACCACAUGAUAAACAAAAAUGUUUCAAGUUUAUAUGAAAAGGAGAUGUAUUAGAAUUUUUGUGUAAAUAUUGUAGAACAGGAUUUAUACGAUUUUGAUAUAAUUUUAUGCAGCUCACAACUUAAGAACUAUCAUGUCGAAUAUUUCACAAAAUACAUAUAGAAAACACAAGACCGUGUAUGUGAGAGACACAACCGAUA